AUGUUGCAUAUCUUUGCACCCUCAUGCACUAACAAGGCCAUUCAAGACCUCAAGAUGAAAUAUUGUUUUCUUCUCCUCUUAACGCUGCGUUUUGCUUCCAACGUGGCUGCUCAGAGAUUUGUGGACACGUCGUUCAAGGUGAUCACCUCCAAAGGGAACUUGAGCGAUUAUGAAUGCCCGCAAUCUUCCAUCUGUUUUGUGGUGGCCGCGUACGGUGCAAGCGGGAUCAAGUUCUCAUUAUCGAACGAGCUGCUUCAACAGGUUCAGUUGCAGAAUGUGCAAACACAAAUACAACAGAAGCUUCCCGGGCAAGAGCCGAACCCUACUGAUGGAAAUCUGAUUAUCUAUGAGUUUGCGAUCUUCCCGCAGCAGCAAUUCCUUCAACCGUACAACUUGAAAAUAUUCUUUGAAACCGUUCCGUUUAAAGAAAGGAGAUAUGUCAAUCUCUAUUACGGCUCUCCUCCGUACAAUAUCCAGUUUUCGCAAGUGACCGGCCCGUUCAUACCGAUCAGCAGCAUGACAACUGCUCCAUUUCAAAGCAUUCAAGUCCGUAUCCGCGUGUCUCACCACAGUUUCUACGACAACGUCACCAUUGGGGGACCGGAGCAAAUAAGUAUGAUCUCGUUCAUUUCGAGCGUGAGCUUGUACUUGAAUGGAACAUAUGGGAAUUUCUCGUGGCGGACGUCGACGAUGUGCGUCGGUGGCAUACAAUCGGAUGGAAAAUGCCCUGAUGGGCUUUGGGAACGCCAAUUUGCAUUCAAGCCUCAGUUGUCAACCUACACUCUUAGCUUCGGCCAGUCCAAGUUUCCUCAAGGGAUAUACUCGACAUACCUUUCUCAAAGUCCCUUCAACGUUGCAACCUCGAAGGACUUCGUUGUGCAAGCAGAUCUCAAGUUAUCAAGUUUCAUUGACUCGAUCCUUCAAAACAAUGAUCCUCAGUUCAACGACGAGGUUCGACUAGCCUUUGUAAAUUGCCCAAUGAAGACGAUGACGUUGUAUGCUAUUACUGCGGCCCUGAAUGUGACUCAAACCUCCAACCCUGGAACAGUCUUUGUUGUUUCGUCUGUCGCAAUAAAGGUUUCAGGGAAGUUAGUGGAAGGAGCCAUAGCGGUUCCAACGUUUCAAGCGAGGUACUCAGCAAUGGAUGCCAGCAACAAGUUUGACUCGUACGGCAAAAUGACGGUAGACUGGACACCGCGACAGGGGCAGGAAGGAUACACCUACAACUUCUGCUUCAAUGUGACCCACCCAGUCACUCACUUUUCCAACAUCAGGUGUCUUGGUGUGAAGGUGGUGAGGUGCCAGUAUUGUACGCUCCAGGCCGAUACCCUCCUGAAAGUAGCGACAAAGUUUCACACAAACUGGCUCCAGCUGUGGUCAGCAAACAGUGAGCCAGUCUUCCCCAUCGAUUCGCCGAGCCAGUUCCCGUUGGACAUCUCGAACCUCCAGCCACAGACUCGCAUCACCUUGGGGCCGACGUACGUGACCAAGGUCUUCGAUGACCUCCCUGGAAUUGCUGCGAGGUUUCAAACGACCGUCGACCGACUGCUUGAGGUCAACCCAGACAUCAAUGCCAAGGUUCAAGCCCCCAUGGAUCGAGCUGGAGCUCCGAUCCUGCCGUCCCUGUCGAUCGGGCAGGAGGUUUGCGUCAUCCCACCGAUUUGCCCCCAGCCGCCCUAG